AUGAUUAUGUUUCCUCAUUCUGGGAAGAUUUCUUUGGGCAUUUUGAUAUUUGUCCUGAUAGAAGAAAACCUUCCAUCAUUAACAGCACAAACCAACUUAUCUUUAGAAGAAACCCAAGAACCCGCGAGUGCAAUUUCUUUUCUCCCGACUGAAUCAGAAUCCGAAGACUCUUCCCUGUCCCGUGGCAACAAACGGCCUCGGGGCCACAGAGAAGCUGAGAGACACUGGUUGCUUAGAAGAAGGCGAUCCACUCUGUUUCCCAAUGGAGUCAAAGUCUGCCCGGAUGAAAGCGUUACAGAGGCCGUGGCAAACCAUGUGAAAUAUUUUCAAGUUCGAGUGUGUCAAGAAGCUGUCUGGGAAGCCUUUAGGACUUUUUGGGAUCGAUUUCCUGGGCGUGAGGAAUAUCAUUACUGGAUGAAUUUAUGUGAGGAUGGAAUCACAACUAUAUUUGAAAUGGGCACAAAUUUUAGUCAGUCUAUGGAACACAGAAGCUUAAUUAUGAAGAAACUGGCAUACACAAAGGAAACUGUUAGCCGCCCUGAGUUGUCAUCUCUAGUUCCUGUUGGCGAUACCUCAACAUUGGAAGGUGCUGCCCUCAGAGUUCCAUAUCCAGGGGUGACCUCCUCGGCAGGUACCGCAGAGAGCCGCUUGGGGAGACCAGAGGAGAGUAUUAGCAAUGAAAUUGAGACUGUGACAGAAGAAUCCACAAAGCCAGCAGCUGAGCAGGUUGCAGAAUUCAGUAUCCACCUCUCUGGGGAGCCAUACAGGGAAGAACUACGGGAUCCCUCUAGCUUCCGCCACCAGAGCCUUGUCGAAGAGUUUAUUGCAGAGAUUGAAAAUGCAUUUACUGGGUUACCGGGCUAUAAGGACAUCCGUGUACUUGACUUCAGGUCCCCCAAGGAAAAUGGCAGUGGCAUAGAUGUUCACUAUGCAGUUACUUUCAACGGAGAGGCCAUCAGCAAUACCACCUGGGACCUAAUCAGCCUUCACUCCAACAAGGUGGAAAACCAUGGUCUUGUGGAAUUGGAUGAUAAGCCCACUGCUGUCUAUACCAUCAGUAACUUCAGAGAUUAUAUUGCUGAGACACUGCAUCACAAUUUUUUGCUGGGCAACUCCUCUUUGAAUCCAGAUCCUGGCUCCCUUCAGCUCAUCAAUGUGAGAGGAGUUUUUCUCCCCCCCGCGGAAGACCUGGUUUGGAACCCCCAAAGUGCAAGUCUCCCGGCAACCCCACCGUCUAUUCUGGAUAUUACCCUUCAAGCUGCAUGGCCCUCAGCUGAUGACUCCACCACCAGCAGUAUCUCACCACCUGAUUUCAGCUCUGGUUCUCCCUCAGCCACUGGCAGGGAACUCUGGUCGGAAAGACCUUUGGGUGAUUUAGUGUCUACACCCAAAUUAGACUUUCCCUCGAAGGUGGGCCUCCAUCCUUCCCCAGAGGUUUUAGGGGUUAGCAGCUUGACUCUUCAUUCUGUCACCCCAGCAGUGCUGCCGACUGGCUUGCCUGUGGCUUCUGAGGAAAGGACUUCUGGAUCUUACUUAUUAGAAGACGGAUUAACCAAAGUCGAAGGGUCAGAAGAUUCUUUUUCAGGUGAUCCUUUGCCCUCAAGUACAUUAACUCAUCCUGUACCAGAAGAAACAAUACCGUCUAAGGAAGAUUCUGCAGUGUCUUUGACAUCCUCACCAUAUCUGGUCUCCUCUGUCACAUUAGAUCUCCUUGCUCAGGAAGUAACUACACCUUCUGGCCUGGACCCUUCGGCCUCCAAAGUUAAAGGCCAAUUAGAAGUGAGCACUUUGAUGCCAGACACAUCCAUGGAAAAAGAGUUCAUAUUUGAGAGUGGCUUAGGUUCAGGGUCUGGGGAAAAGGUGAGUGGGAUUACUUGGCCAUGGAGCGAUACCUCAUUAGAGAAGAGCAUUGAACCACUGACCAAAUCAUGGCUGGGAGAUGAGGAUUCACUUUUGCCGAUUGAGAGUGUAGAUGAGAAACUAGUUGUAGGUGACAAAAUAGAUUCCACAGACCGAAGUAUUGAGCACUCAAAAUAUGGGCAUUUUGAUAGAUCCACACACUUUGCAGAGGAAGAGCCCCUUGACGGACCUACUGUGCCCAUCUCUGCAGAGACCACAACUCAAUCUGCACCUCUGAUUCUCUCCAAGCACACAUCAGAGGUACCUGACAUUGAUUAUUACUCAGUUACCAAUACACCUCCUCUACUGACAUCUACAGCAAUCUCUGAUUCUACUCGUAAACCAGAUCAAGUAGAACCAUUUCUGAAGGAUGAUAUGGAACAAACUACAGAGCCAUUUAAUCGUGAACAGUUUGAUAGCAAGAUUUCAACACUGAAGCCAGAUAUGCAAUCUUUGUGGACCAUAUUGCCAGAAUCAGAUGUAGUUUGGGCAAAAACUUCUUCCCUAGGAAAACUGUCUGGAGACACAUUGGCAAGUGUACCAGAGAGUAUUGACAAGCUCUGGUUGAAAUCUUCCAUGACACAGUCUACCGAAUUGCCUCCAACCACAAGCCCCACCCUGCUGGAGGAUGAAGUAAUUAUGGGUGUACAGGAUAUUUCAUUAGAACUGGACCGGAUAGGCACAGAUUACUAUCAGCCUGAGAUAAUCCCAGAAGAAAAUGGCAAGGUUGAUAGUUAUGUGGAAAUGUCUACAAAUGUUCACUCUACAAAGAUGGCUAUUGUGGCCCGCCCCACAAAAAGAGGUGACUCAAAUCAUACCCAGACCACAGGAGCAUUGCUGGUUUUCUUCAGCCUUCGAGUGACUAACAUGAUGUUUUCAGAAGAUCUGUUUAAUAAAAACUCUUUGGAGUAUAAAGCCCUGGAGCAAAGAUUCUUAGAAUUGCUGGUCCCCUAUCUCCAGUCAAAUCUCACAGGGUUCCAGAAUUUAGAAAUCUUGAACUUCAGAAAUGGCAGUAUUGUGGUGAACAGCAGAAUGAAGUUCUCCAAGGCUGUCCCUCCUAAUGUCAACAAUGCUGUAUACAUGAUUCUGGAAGACUUUUGCACCACUGCCUACCAAACCAUGAACUUGGCUAUUGAUAAAUACUCCCUUGAUGUGGAAUCAGGUGAUGAAGCCAACCCUUGCAAGUUUCAGGCAUGCAAUGAGUUUUCCGAGUGUUUGGUCAAUCCCUGGAGUGGAGAAGCAGAGUGCAGAUGCUACCCUGGGUACCUGAGUGUGGAAGAGCUGCCUUGUCAGAGUCUCUGUGACCUUCAGCCUGACUUCUGCUUCAAUGAUGGGAAGUGUGACAUUAUGCCCGGACAUGGGGCCAUUUGCAGGUGCCGGGUGGGGGAGAACUGGUGGUACCGAGGGGAGCACUGUGAGGAGUUUGUGUCCGAGCCCUUGGUGAUAGGCAUCACCAUCGCCGCCGGGGUUGGACUUCUCCUCGUCUCUUCUGCUGUUGUCAUCUUCCUCAUCAAGACUCUUCAAGCUCAGAAUGCUAGGAGAGAAAGAGAGAGGCCUUUUUGUGGCUCCAGCAGACAGCCUGCCAGCCUUUCAUCCAUUGAAGAUGCCGUAAAGUACAACCCCGUGUAUGAACGCCAUGGGGCGGGAAUGGAACAGUACAGGGGACCCUGUCCUCAGGGUCCCUUCCACAGUGCAGCACGAGGAGAGGUGAUUGGUGGUCUGAGCAGGGAAGAAAUCAGACAAAUAUAUGAGAACAGUGGGCUUUCCAGAGAGGAAAUUCAAGAAAGAAUGAGAAUUUUGGAAAUGUAUGCCAACGAUCCUGAGUUUGCAGCUUUUGUGAGAGAACAUCAAAUGGAAGAGCUUUAAUCAAAACUCCUACCGUGGAACCGAUUAGAAGCCUAGAGAAGAGAGAGAUCGCUUGCUACCUGUAUCUUAAAGUUAAC